ACGACACGUUAUAAAACCCGUAAAAAUGGCUUUAAUUAACAUCGACGGUGAUCCUUGGUUGACUGAAUUAGAUGCAUGUGAAAACUUAAGCAAUGAUAUACAGUCUCAAUUAGCGGCACGGAAUCAAGAAAAUCAAUUGUCCCGGGAAUAUGGCAUCCUAUCGGGAACAGUUCGGGUACGCCUCAAACAGCUGGGUGGGGAAUUGGAACAGCUGAACCGAAAGCUAGGACUCAUAUCCAAUUCUCUCACUUCUGGAGAGGCGGAACGGAGACAGCGAAGGAUAGAAGCCCUUCAAUCUAAAUUGAUACAGUUGCAACGCCAAUUCGCCUACGUCGAACCAGCCGCUGCCCGUACAGCGCUAUUCGAAACGAAUUCUAACAACCGAGCUAGAGGCACUUUUGCCGAUGAUGAUGAUGAUCCAGCAUUGAUUCCAUCCAACAGCAGCUACACAGUUGAUGACUUGCGAUCCCAACAGUCGCGAAUUUUGGAAGACCAAAAUCAAGGUCUUGAAGCGCUGUCGCAGGUGAUUGCACGCCAGAAGGUUCUAGCAACCAGGAUCGGCGGAGAGGUUGAUCGUCAUAAUGAUAUACUGGAUGAUUUGGCCCAAACGAUGGAAACAACCGACGUGAGAAUCAACAGUGAAACCCGUCAGAUCGGUACAAUCUCAACCCAGGAUAGAACCUGGGGCUAUUGGACCGUUAUAGGUCUGUUAUUUGUUGCAAUUAUUGUUGUAGGUAUUCUCUAGAGCCGUUGCUCUUUGUUUACACAUUUAUAUAAUCAAUUCUUUCAAGUACCGUAUGCAGUCUAUUUUACCGAAACACAUUCAAAAAUGCAAUCUAGCUCUUA